AUGAAGACUUCCAGCAUUGCUCUCAUCAUCGCCGCUUUGGCCAUUGGAGCCCUUGCGAUACCCAACAAAAUCCGUGCUGCUGGCGAUGAGGCAUGGAAGGAGGCGAACUUGGAUCGUCGUGCCGCCGGAGAUGAGGCUUGGAAAGAGGCCAAUCUUGGAAAGCGUGGAGCUGGAGAUGAAGCUUGGAAAGAGGCUAAUCUCGGACGCCGUAGUGCUGGAGAUGAAGCUUGGAAGGAAGCUAACCUUGGAAAGCGAGGAGCCGGGGACGAAGCUUGGAAAGAAGCUAACCUUGGAAAGCGUGGAGCUGGAGAUGAAGCUUGGAAAGAGGCUAAUCUCGGACGCCGUAGUGCCGGAGAUGAGGCUUGGAAGGAGGCAAACUUGGGAAGACGUGGUGCUGGAGAUGAGGCAUGGAAGGAAGCCAAUCUUGACUAA